CUCCCAACCGUAAGCGUGCCCAGCCUUCUGCCAACUGGGCCAGAGCAUAAAGCCUGGGACUGCACCUGGGGCAAUGAGCCCUGCACUGAAGAAGCCUCCUAGAGAGAUGUGCCGGGGCCGCGCAACAGACUAGAUCCAAGCCCCGAAGCUUACACCACCAGUUAUCCCCUCUCCCUCAUCCCCUUCGCCCGCCUUUUCUGCACCCCAUCCCUUGAAACCUCGGAUCAGUGCCUGCGCCGCGCUCCGGAGAGCUCUGCCGGGGGAAAAACCCGGUGCCCAAGGAGAGACGGGGCGGCCGUGCUAGAUGCAUGGGGGAGGGCUCCGGUUAAUGCAAGUUCUGGGCUCCUGCAGGGACCCCGACAACUGUCAGCAGCAACAGCAACUCGGGCCCUCCUCCUCUGCUUCCUCAGCGAUGCUUUUCCACAGUCUUUCCGGCUCGGAGAUGCACGGGGUCAUCGACGAGAUGGAUCGGAGAACCAAAAGCGAAGCACCGGCCAUCAGCUCGGCUAUAGACAGGGGAGAGACGGAAACGACCAUGCCUUCCAUCAGCAGUGACAGGGCUGCCCUGUGCGCCGGCUGCGGGGGUAAAAUCUCCGACCGUUAUUACCUGCUGGCUGUGGACAAACAGUGGCACAUGCGCUGCCUGAAGUGCUGUGAAUGUAAACUCAACCUGGAGUCCGAGCUCACCUGCUUCAGCAAGGACGGCAGCAUCUACUGCAAAGAGGACUAUUACAGGAGGUUUUCGGUGCAGAGAUGUGCGAGAUGUCACCUGGGGAUUUCUGCCUCCGAGAUGGUCAUGAGGGCCAGGGAUUUGGUAUAUCACUUAAAUUGCUUCACUUGCACCACUUGCAACAAGAUGCUGACCACUGGCGAUCACUUUGGCAUGAAGGACAAUCUGGUGUACUGCCGCCUCCAUUUCGAGACUCUCAUCCAGGGGGAGUACCAGGUGCAUUUCAAUCACUCGGAUGUAGCCGCUGGGAAGGGCCCGGCUUUGGGAGCGGGCUCUGCCAACACUUUGGGACUGCCUUAUUACAAUGGCGUGGGGACUGUCCAGAAGGGGAGACCCAGGAAAAGAAAAAGCCCGGGGCCUGGAGCAGAUCUGGCAGCCUACAAUGCAGCUUUAAGUUGCAAUGAGAACGAUGGUGACCACCUGGACAGAGACCAGCAAUACCCCAGCAAUCAGAAAACAAAGCGCAUGAGGACGUCCUUCAAACACCACCAGCUGCGGACAAUGAAGUCAUACUUUGCUAUUAACCACAAUCCUGAUGCCAAGGACUUGAAACAGCUAGCUCAGAAAACUGGCCUCACCAAAAGAGUUCUUCAGGUUUGGUUUCAAAAUGCUCGAGCCAAAUUCAGACGGAACCUCUUACGUCAAGAAAACACAGGGGUGGAUAAGACUUCAGACUCAACACUCCAAGCAGGGACCCCAUCAGGUCCUGCCUCAGAAAUAUCCAAUGCCUCCAUGAGUCCAUCCAGCACUCCCACUACUUUAACAGACUUGACUAAUCCCACUAUGCCAACUGUGACGUCGGUCCUGACAUCAGUGCCCGGAAGUCUUGAGGUUCAUGAAUCUCGAAGUCCUUCACAGACAACUCUUACAAAUCUUUUCUGAUGACUCUUUCUUAAUAAUUUCUUUAAAAAAGAAAUUAUUCUUAGCUGAAAUUCCAAGUGUAUUUUAAUAGAGGCUUUGAGCAACUGACUAACCACAAUUAGGAUCUCUCCUAAAAAACAGAAGGAAAUGUAGUGUUCUGGUAUUAUGGAGUAUGGACUGAAGAAUAACUUGGAAGAUCUAUUGCAACACAACAUUUGUGUAACUGUACAGUUUUGUGGACUGAGCAAGGGAAACAGCAAUUAAUUUAAGUUGGCUAAAGCUUCUGUAUUUUCAAAGACUGCCAUGUGCCUUAUAUACUGUUUUAUCUACAUUCUUUGGAUUCCAUGUCCACUUCUCUCUUUUUCUCUCUGUAUAUUUAUGACCAGGGCAAAAAUGUUAAAGAGUUUGUUACUUUGAAUAGUCCUAAGCCUUUCAUUGGUUGCUUUGUUGUUUUAGAGUUUUAAGGUCGAAGUCUGUUCGAAUACCAGAAUUUGUAAAAUCUAAC